GAUGCCAGUUCGGAACAUAUAUGAUAUAUGCAUUUCCGAGUAAAUGAUUCAUUUAUCGUUCGUUUAAGCAACAGAAAGCACUUUAAUAAGUUGUCCGCAAAUAAAAGUGAAAUAAUGUUUAUAAUUUUUGGUGUAGCAGUAUUAAUAGCAGUUUGUCAAGCGCGUGAACCGACACUUAUAACUCGAUUUGAUUUGAACGAAACAUAUGUUGAAAAUUACACGUCAGAUGAACAAUUGAUUUUUCCCACAAUAGAUCCAAGCAUUGCUGAAGAUGCUACACUAACUACGCCGCAAUUAAUUAACAAGUAUGGUUACAAGGUUGAAGUGCACUACGUUACAACAGACGAUGGUUAUAUAUUGCAAUUACAUCGUAUCACUGGUGGCGAGAAAUAUCCAGCUAAAAAUGGAAAGAAAGUUUGCAUCUUACAACAUGGUCUGCUUGAUUCAAGUGCCACCUGGAUUUUAACAGGACCCGGUCAUGGAUUAGGUUAUUUACUGGCUGAUGAGAAUAUGGAUGUUUGGCUAGCCAAUUCACGAGGAAAUACUUAUUCCUGCAAUCAUACCACUUAUAAUCCAUUUGGUUCAUCAAAGGAUCGUAAAAAGUUUUGGGACUUUUCAUGGGAUGAAAUGGGUCGGUAUGAUUUACCGGCUACAAUAGACUACGUUCUCGCCGAGACAGGCCAAAUGAAAUUACAAUUUGUUGGGCAUUCCCAAGGCACAACGGCAUUUUUCGUUAUGUGCUCUGAACGACCUGAAUAUAAUCAAAAAAUAGAAAUGAUGCACGCACUGGCUCCUAUUGCGUUUUUAUCACACGUUAUCAGUCCACCAAUUCGCGUUAUCGCACCGUUUGUGUCUAUUAUAUCGAAAAUAUCGUCAUUUAUAGGAUUAAACUAUAUAACGCCGAACGAUGAAUUUUUAAUUUUAGCCGGAAAGCUUAUAUGUCGAGAUGAAGUGCCCACACAAAUAAUAUGCGAAAAUCUAUUAUUCUUAGUCAUGGGAUACGCGUCAGAUCAAUUGAAUGCGACAUUACUUCCAGUUAUUCUGGGGCACACUCCGGCCGGAUCAGCCACUAAUCAAAUGAUUCAAUAUGGCCAAGAGGUGAACUCGGGCCAUUUUCGGCAGUUUGAUCAUGGUCGCAUAGGAAAUCUACUUCGAUAUAAACGCAUUUCACCCCCGGAUUAUAAUUUGAACAACGUCAAAGUACCGGUAGCCGUUUAUUAUUCACAAGAUGAUUGGUUGGCUGAUGUUAAAGAUACGGAACACUUACUAAAAUCACUGCCAAAUGUGAUCAACAACUAUAUUGUACCGCAUAAAAAAUUCAAUCACAUUGAUUUUGUAUGGGGUAUAGACGCUCCCUUCCUGCUCUACGAUGAAAUCGUUAAAACAAUGAAACUAUCUAAUUAUAUCGUUCCAAAUAUGGAUAUCGAUAUUGAAAAUGCUCUACCAUAGUGUGAUUCUGAGACAUAAACAAUCAAAUAAAAUGUUUAU